AUGCUCUGGCGUACAAAGUCCCAUCACAGCCAGGCGUCCGAGCAGGACGCCUCGAUCGCGCGCACCGCGUCUGCGUCCAAGAACGACCCGUCCGCUUCCGCUGACCAAGCCUCCGGCACGGCAUGGCUCGCUGGACAUUUGCACCACCUGACGCCGGAGCAGCAGGAGAAGCUGGACGAAUUCAAGGCCGUCUGUGCUGAGCGCGGGUACUAUACUCCGGCUGUGGAACAGGAUGGGGAGACCAAGCCGCCCAGCCAUGGCGAUGCGACCAUGCUACGCUUUCUGAGAGCUCGCAGAUUUGAUGUCGAAGGUGCUUGGGCCCAGUUCAAGGAUACAGAGGACUGGCGCAAGGAGAACGCUAUCGAGGCGUUGUAUGAGAAUAUCAGCGUGGACUCGUACGAGGCUGCUCGUCGGAUGUAUCCCCAGUGGACCGGCCGCCGUGACCGCCGCGGUAUCCCGGUCUACGUCUUCGAGAUUCGCCACCUCGACUCCAAGGGAAUGGCCGCUUACAACAGUACUCUGGCCGCCGGCACUCCCGAAACUCACAAGUCAUCUACCGUCCCAGCUCGUCUGCUGAACCUGUUCGCCCUUUAUGAAAACCUGCUGAACUUCGUUAUGCCGCUGUGCUCGUCGCUGUCGCGGCCUAACCCGGAGACGCCCAUCGUGACCUCCACCAAUAUCGUUGAUGUGAGCGGCGUUGGCCUGAAGCAGUUCUGGAACCUGAAGGGCCAUAUGCAGGAUGCUAGUGUGUUGGCGACGGCUCACUACCCCGAGACGUUGGAUCGCAUUUUCAUCAUUGGUGCUCCGGGAUUCUUCCCUACCGUGUGGGGCUGGAUCAAGCGCUGGUUCGACCCAGGCACCACCUCGAAGAUUUUCAUCCUCUCCGCGGCCGAGGUCAAGCCUACCCUCACCUCCUUCAUGGAUCCCAGCAGUAUCCCCAAGCAAUACGGCGGCGAACUCGACUGGCAGUGGGGCGAUUUGCCCAACCUGGACGAGGCCGCUCAAGAAAAGCUCCAAGGCAUCGAACAGCCCCCGGCUGAGGGCAAGACCAAGAAGGAAAUGAUAAAGGGCCCUCUGCUGUUCAAGGGUGACACGAUCGAAGUGCUGGGCACCGAAAACGGCACGGAGCGGCGGAAGACUAUCCCGGUACCUAAUACUGAGCUGUCCGGCACUGAUGAGUCAAACGAGACGAUCGACGUCGCGUCGGAUCCCGCCCCCACAGAGAACGAGAAGAUGGGCAUUGAUGCGGUGAACGUCAACCAGAUAUCAGGCGACGAGGCCCAGACCACGACCGCUGCGGCAUAG